AUGUCUAAACCGUACGGCCCGCCCACUAAGAAAGACUUUGACAACCGACAGAAGGCGCUCGCGGAGCGCUCACGGAGGGAAUUGCGUUAUCAAUAUAUGCGGGAACGGCUCAGUGACCACGACCUCUUUAUGAACUAUCAAUCACGCGACUUUGAGCGUAUCAUUUCGCUUCUCGGGUCUCUCAAGGUGGCCAAAACCCCGCCCUCCUCGCCUCAAAACACGAUACACGCUAAAGCCCACUACAGGGAGCUCAGACCCUUGCCCAAAGACCCCACGCGUGAGACGUUUGGUGAGUAUGUCGCGUACUUGUGUCGUGGCCGGUUCUACUUUCGGAAGUCUUCCCAGUUGAACGUUGGGAUUGUGCCGCGGUUGAUACUCCACCUCCACAGCCUCGAAAACGAGGAGAUGAAGCACUGCCGGUCGGUGGACUCGUUCAACAAUGCCAUGUACUACUUUGCGGUGCGGAAAGGCCAGUUGAACGUGGCCAAGCGGCUUCUCCUCAGCAUGAACAUCGAUGGCUGUGUGCCCAACACCGCGAGCUUCAACAUCGUGCUCCAAGCCAUAAGCAAGUACGGUGCACGUACCCACUCACAGAACCCGCUUAAACUCGCCGUGGGCAUCUUGGAGACCAUGCGCUACAUGAAUGUCAGCGCCGACAGCGAGACUUGGCGGUUCGUGUACGACACCAUGGACAACCUCAUGGCGCGGCAGAGCGUGUUGCGGCUGGUUGUGGACCACAACGUGCCGAUCUCGCGCGGCUUGUGCCGCUCCGUGAUGGCGGACAUCGUGGCGGCGCGGAUAUCCCCAAAGCUCAAGGCCACGGGCACCGACCUCGUGGCGGAGUUGGCCGACUUGGUGGAUACGGAAAUCGUCCACUACGACGCCGCCAUGGUUGAGUUGGUCAUCCAGGUCGCACUUCGGGAGGGCCGCUACCUGCAGGCCUACGCCGUGUAUGAGAAGUAUCUCACGUACAAUCCAAGGUCACCUGUCCGGGUGCGUGUCACCACGAUGAACGUGUUUCUUGAGCAGUUCGCGGCCUGUGGAAGAAUAGACUUGUGCUGGGCCAUCAUGAACACGAUAAGGUACAAGUCCGCCCAUCUCGUGAAGCCAUCGCCGGAGACGUACAAACACAUGCUCCAGGGACUCUACAACGCAGGGAUAACUGAGAACUGGCGUGCCAAUGUGCACAUUAUUCUCCACACGAUGCGGCGGAAGUUUGGCACCGUUUAUUUGGAUCGCAGCAUCAGCACGUUGCUCGUGAAGUUCCAAGUCCGUGACAAGUUCGAAGACGCUAACGAACAGGGUACGUUGGUGGUGGACGGCUCGCGAUUCUCCAAAGAAGAGUCCCGGCUCUACAAGCGGAUUAACCUGGUGUUGCAUUGGGACCGCAGGGAGUUUGAUACGGACGUUGCUCGCAUGCCUCCGCUGAGCCAGUUCCGCGAAGUGGCGCAUGCUGUAGGCUAUAGAGAGGUCCGGCCGCGUGUGAGUGUCACGGACGUCACCCGCGAGGAGUUUCGCUCUCUCGACCACGAACUGCAGUUGGUGUUGCGCGAGAUGUGGGCUGAAAUCGAGCAGUUUCAUAAGAGCACUCGCAAGCAGGCCAUCCAGGGCGCCCAUCGCAAGAAGAUGCGGGUGCUCUCCGGUGGUGUGGGUCCCAGCUUGGUGCGGGAGUUGAGGCAGAGACGAAUUGUCUAG